CGACAAUAUCUGUUAAUGUCAAUUGUCAAAUAAUAAAUGAAAGAACGUGUUGGCAAUCUGUGGUAUAACAAUUUUAACCUCUUUUCUUUUGUCAAAAUAGGCGAAAGGUAGUGGGUCAAGAUGUUGAUGCCAAAACAGAAUCGCGUUUCGAUCUAUGAAUUCCUCUUCAAAGAGGGUGUUAUGGUAGCCAAAAAGGAUUACCAUGCACCCAAGCAUCCGGAUCUUGAAAAGAUUCCCAACCUUCAAGUUAUUAAGGCAAUGCAAUCAUUAAAAUCUAGAGGUUAUGUGAAGGAACAAUUUGCGUGGAGGCAUUUCUACUGGUAUCUUACAAAUGAAGGUAUUGAGUACCUAAGGAUCUUCCUCCAUCUGCCACCCGAAAUUGUACCAGCUACACUUAAGCGCUCAGUGCGUAUUGAGACAGUGCGUCGUGGUGCUGUUGGCCGUUCCGAUGCCCCAGCACGCUCUGCUGAAGACAGAUCCAUGUACCGUCGUGCACCUACCACACCUGAUGCACCACAUGAUAAGAAGGCUGAUGUUGGCCCUGGCUCUGGCAGAGUUGAAUUCAGAGGAGGAUUUGGACGUGGCAGACCAGCUCCUUAAUUAAGCUUAAUAAAAAAAUUAUCUACA